AAUGGCAGAAAUACUGGAAGAAGAUAAAAUUACCAUUAAAGAAGAAGUCUCUACUGUAGAGGAUACAUUUACUGUAUUUGUAGUGGGAGAAGAUGUAAAAGAGGAAAGUACAGAAAAUCAAGGCGAAGUUGUCAAGAUUGAAGUAGAUCCCCUUUUCUCUGAACAAAAGAGUCUUAAAAAGAGGAAACUGAGAGAAAAAAGGUUUACAAAUUUGCCCUGUAGAAAAUGUGAUUUUAUGGCAACGAAAUCCAGUCAGUUGAAGACACAUAAUAGAAUGAAACACGAAGGAGUGAGAUAUCUUUGUUCUCUUUGUGAAUACGCUGCCACUCAAGCAGGUAGUCUGAAGAUACACAUUCAAUCUAAACAUGAAGGAGUCACAUAUCCUUGCGAUCAAUGUGAAUACGCUGCCACUACAUCCAGUAGUCUGAAGAUACACAUUAAAUCUAAACACGAAGGAGUGAGGUUUUCUUGUUCACAUUGUGAUUACACUGCCACUACAGCAGGUAAUCUGAAGAAUCAUAUGGAAAAAAAACAUGAAGGAGUUAGAUAUCCGUGUUGCCAGUGUAUGUAUGCUGCAACUGACCAAAGUAGUCUGAGGAGACAUAUUAAAAAUAAACAUGAAGGAGUGAGAUAUCCCUGUGACCACUGUGUGUAUGCUGCAACCGACCCAGGAAAUCUGAAGAAACAUAUUGAAUCUAAACACAAAGGAGUGAGAUAUCCCUGUAAUCAGUGUGAUUACGUUGCUACUGGUGUACAGCGUCUAAAGAGACACAUAGAGUCUAAACAUGAAGGAGUGAGAUAUCCAUGUUCUCAUUGUGAAUACGCUGCCACUACAGCAGGUAGUCUGAAGAUUCAUAUUGAAUCUAAACAUGAAGGAAUAAGGUAUCCUUGUGAUCAGUGUGAAUACGUUGCAACUGACCAAAGUAAACUGAAGAAACAUAUUAAAAAUAAACAUGAAGGAGUGAGAUAUUCCUGUAGUCAUUGUGAAUACGCUGCUACUUUUCAAAAUAAUUUGAGGAGACAUAUUUUAAUCAAACAUAAAAGUAUAAAGAAUGAACAUAUUCCUGUGUGAUGUCACCUCUGCCCGAAAAGGCUAUCUAAGACAACAUAUUAGAAAUAACCAUAAAUACGCUGCCGUCCAAUCCUGUCAUCUAAACACACAUGAAAAAAGAAACAGACUGAUCAUAAAGUGGUCUGCACUGUAAACUUCAAAUUUAAAAGUCUCUCAUUAAUUUAGAUUAUCCAUUGUUUAUCUUAUAUCAAAAUUUUAAAGUAUUAAUAAUAAUCAAUGAUAUUAACAGAUAUUUAUAGCCUGCGGUUUUUCAACAGAUGUCAUGUCCCUUUUCCAAUUUUGGAUUCACAUCUUGGAAACCUCUAGUAUCCCCUACUUUUUUCCCUUUUUCCCUUUUUCCCUUUAACCAUUCUUUUUCCCUUUUUCUCUUUUCCCCUUCCUUUUUUCCC